AUGAGCAUUGAAGCUGUGCCAAAUGAACCCACAAAUCAUUCUCACGACAAUGGAGUGGACUUUGCCGCGCCUCCACUCGCCUCUAGCAGCAUCCGUUUUGCAUGUAACAGUGGCUUUUCGCAGAAUACACGUUUUUGCCAUGCACAGUUUUUUCCACAGCCAGUUUUCGCACACCACGUUUCGACUGAAACAGUUUUCCCACAGAGCUAUCGCAACCGCAAGAGGCGGGAGCGACACCAGAAUCGAGUGAGAGAGAAAGCACACCUAGAAAGAGAAAGGAAACGCCGAAUGAUUUGGAACCAAGUUUGCCGAGAGAACCGCCUGCGUGAGAAUCAAGCUCAAGAACAAGAGCUUGUGCCCUCUAACGGGCCUCCCACACUUGAUGGUCAUGUCCGCAUUGGUGCCAUUAACAUGGAAAAGUCCAACCCUGAGAAACUGGAACAGUUAGUGCGACUAGCUUCCCGGCGUAAUUGGGAGAUUGUUGUUGUGUCUGAAGUCUCUCCUACGUCUCGACACCAUCGCCAGCCUAUCCAACAGUGCAGACACUGGAAAUGGGAAGGUUGGGAAAUGGUUCACACUGGCAUGGUGGGCGUGCUGUUGAAUCCCUCUUGGAGUGCCGCCUGGCACGCCUACCGGGCACCUAAGCACCGCUCUAACACUGGCCGAGUGCUGUCUGUGGCGUUACCGUGUGAUCCUUCCACUGACCCGUUGCGCAGACCUUCUGUUUGGAUUGUUACUGCAGUCUGGGCCCCAAUCUCGACUUCAACCACAGAGGAACUUGACGAGUUUUGGGAUGAAGUGGAGCAUGCAGCCUCUACCACUGAACUUGCCUUCAGUCCCUCGUGUGCCCUGUCCAGUGCCAUCAGCAGCAAUACCUUGCAUAUGGUGGCGGGUGAUUGGAAUGCGCAGCUGUAUGAGGAUCCCGCUGAACCUGCCGAUGUCCUAGGGAGGUAUCGCCCAACUGCACGGCAUCAGGUUGAUGACUAUGCGACUUGUCGUGUAAUGGCCUUGGGACGCUGGGUACAUGCCGAUAGCCAUCGUCCUGCAAUUGGCAAUCGGCACCGUGGCACUUGGUACUCUGCUAUUCAUCGUCGAUACUAUGAGAUCGAUUGGAUGCUUCUGCCUCGUGCUCAACUCCAGCGCUUGGUGAGUAUGACUCUUCGACACACUACAGAUGAUCUCCAAACUCAACAUUCUGCCAAGGAAUAUGUUUUUCGGCUGGCCGCAACACAGGCUCGACAUCGUGGUCCUCGUGUUCCCCGCCCUGACUUGUCGAUACUCCGUGGUACUUCGGAAGCAGCUGCAGAGGCGCGGGACACCUUGACACACCGAGUCGCGCAGGCCUGUGGCCCUGACACGUCCUUCGAUGACUUCCGACGGGUGGUGGCUCAUCAGACCCUGACUGUCUGUGGUGAGAUGCCGCGCUCUUGUCGGAAACCUUGGCUUCGCAGCCCCGCUGCAUCCAGAGAAAUUGGGGAUUUAAACACUGAGUGUGUUUGCCUUCGCAGGACUAAGAGAGAACUACAGCAGGCUCUACAUGAUACGCCGGAUGAUGCUUCUACACUGUCUCAGCUGGAUGCAUGUCGACAACGCCACAAUGACUUGAAAAAGCAGCAGAGAUGCCUUCUUCGUUCACUGGAACGCGACUACUGGGAACAAGUGUUGGCCUCGCAUCCUACACAGGCGGCCGACAGUUUCCGGUUCUAUAAAACCCUGCGCACUCUGCAAACAAAAGGCACCUACAAAGCCGCUCGUCAAAAUCCAUUUGCGCCUGACGAAUGGCGCGAUCACUUCUCCAACAUCAGCAGCCAACCGGAAUCGUUGCAUGCUGACGUCGAAAACUUCAUCACUACGCUGCCAGUUUCUGACCAUGUCCGACAGUGGUCGUUGACUCUUGAUGCUGACAUCACGGAUAAAGAAAUCAACACCGCCAUGCAACGGUUGCGAGCUGGUGCGGGGGGUGGCGAUGGUAUCCCACCCAUUGUGCUCAAGACGCUGUUCCAAGACCCUUCGUUGGCUUCGUUGAUCCGUGCCUAUGUCCGUCGACUGUGGUCCACUCCUGCUACUGAAUGGAAGGACCAAGGUCUGGAUGGCCCAGGACUGCAAGUUCCUCUUUGGAAACAGAAGGAGCCUUUCGCCAACAUGGACAAAUGGCGUGGGGUCGUCCUCCUUUGGUGCAUCCCUCGUGUCUUAGCUAAGGUGCUCAACCACCGAGGUCAACAAUGGUUCGAGACCACCGACCUCCCGCUGCCUGAGAGCUUUGGUUUCCGCACCGGUCUUGGAACAGAUGAUGCCUUGUUCAUGAUCCGUCGGUUGGAUGAAGAGAUCUCGGCGUGGCAAAGUUUUGGUUGGAAUGAGACCACCUAUGAGGCUGGGUUGAUGGACCUGCAGAAAGCAUACCCCACGGCCAACAAACUUCCCUUCUGGCAUUUGCUUUUCCAUCAUGGCGUACAAGCUCAGGGUCCCUUCAUCAAUGCGCUUCGUGGCUUCCACUGCUGCCGGGAUUACUGCAUCAAGACUGGCCCUGAUACAUCGCCGGCUUCCUUAAGCGCUCCUUAUCGGCCGGCUCGUGGAUUUGGCGAGGGUGACGGUACUUCGCCUUGGGCCUGGAACGUCUUGUACAGUGGUAUGGUUCGAUACUCUCUUGCAAAGCGCCCUGCCAGUGCAGCUCGUCGUGGUCUGGCAUGUGGUAUUCCAUGGCGAUGGCAUGAGUCCAUGGAUUUGUGCUCCAGCUGGACUCGCAAGAAUGAUGGACGACCCUCCAACCAAACUUGUGUCGAAGUCACCGUGUUUGCAGAUGACACCACCCUUCAUGGAUCCAGACAGGAGCUUCAUCAGUCCGAUGAACAUGGAUCCGCUGGCAUGGAUGUGUUUGCUCAGGCUGUGGCUGACUGGGGAUCUACUGAACACCCAGACAAGCGUGAAGUGCACACUUAUGGAACGCCUAGCCGGGUCUGUCUGGUUGGUGGUGGCAUCGACCCUGGUGAAGCAGUCAAUCGGAGCAUCCAGCGUGGUCUCAAAUGUUGGGCAAAGAUUCGCCCCGCACUUAAGAACAGUCGGCUUUCCCUCCAGCAGAAGGGGAAACUUCUCAUGACUUUCUUAUAUAGUGGCCUUGCCUACUCCUGCAAAACUCGGGCGACCCGCCAACGCGAUGUCCUUCGCAUGCAGGCAGUGAUGAACACCGCUUGCCGAUACUUGUGCCGAACUCGUCUGCCGAAAAUGCGUGAGCAACACGUCAACCACAGUGACUUGCGCGCUCUGCUUGGCAUUCCUACAGUGCAAGCUGCCAUGGACCGAGAACAAAUGAGGUGGCUGGGUCAUGUUUGCAGAAUGCACCCAGGGUUGAGCACGACCUAUGCCAAGACCUUUGCUCGCGGCACCAUUGACGUCGGCGCUUUUCAACGUCAGGCAUCAGCGCAUGGUGGUCGAAUCAGUGCGGAUCGCAAGAGCCUACCUGACAUGUGGGUUCAACUUUGCCACAAACACGGACUGGAUGAGAACCACCUUGAUGAAACCGCUCGGGAUCGUGACAAUUGGAAGGCGAUCCUUGACAGACGCUUUGCUCAAGCCCUGUUUGAAGAUCGGCAAGCCUCUCACCGGCACAUGGACACCCUGCCAAAUCCUGGCCUUGAACCUUGGAGUCGACCAGGUGACCGACGUGGUAUGUCACCCACUGCUCGUGAACGCAAGUCCGAACUUCAACGUCAGCGGAGACAGGCUGCCAAAGCACAACCGAAAGCAAAGGGUGCUGCUGUCCCUAUGCGGAGACCUGCUGCUGCAGCCAAGCGCCAACCGCGUCAAGUUCAGCGCCACCAUGACAAAAAGGUGUACUAUGCCGGACACAACCAACGGAAAGUGAGUGCUGAAGACCGUGAAGCUUGGGAAUAUGUAUGUGACUUCCCCGGCUGUGGCUUGAAGUUUGAAACUAGCAGGGCCCUCAACAUCCACAAAGGCAAAGCUAACAAACCUGGUGGAACUCAUUCGCAACUUUGA